AUGGACAACAACACCUUCGCGCAAUGCGUCGCAGAGCCCACAGUCCAGCAAACGAUUCUAAACGGGCUUCUGGACAAUGCCACCGCGGUCGGCGAGCUCUUCACCAGCGCUUCCGUUCUAUCCGCGUUACUAUCAAACCCCGCAGUCCAGAAGGCCUUAUCCAACAACGCAGCCAUCCAGCUGGCGAUAUUCAACAGUCCUGCUGCUCAGGCUCAAAUUGCGGCUACAGUCAGCUACACCGUCGAUUCUACUGCCUUGAGAUAUGGCGGGCCCUCGAUAAUCAUCGGUCUUACUGUUGCUGUUGCUUUAUUCAGUGUCGGAGUCGCAACAUGGAGGCUUUUUUCUAAACGGAAUGUACGGGGGUAUCUACUUUUGGUUACGUCAAUCUUGACAGUGAUGGAUUCCUUGACAGGAGUUUGGGGAAAGGUGAACCCGCCAAGCGCUGUGUUCGGUGAAAGACAUGUCGUUGGCUACGUCAUGGCACUGCUUGUUGUACCGGAGGUGCGCGAUUUCACACUCAAUGUGGCUGCUGCUUACAGGUAUGCCGCCGUCUACACCGACGAACGCCAAUCUCGCGCCGUACUCGUCGCACAGUCCACCAUUGCCUUUGCAGUAACGGCGGCUGGAGUAGGCAUUGCAAUCCCCGACCUCCUACGACAAGGCUAUGUCCGCAAGUCUUUCUGGGGUCUUGCAGCCGUACAUCCCAUCAUUUACGUCGCUACGGGCCUGGCGACGUUCACGUAUAAGCUACGUGUGGCGCAGAGUUCGGUGAACUCUGCUACAAACAAUCGGGAUAGCAAGUUGGCGAAUCUAGAGAUUGCCAAUAAUCUCAUUAUGGCUUUUACGUUUGCGGCUGCUAUUUCGGGGAUUGUGGUGGUGACCUAUUACGAUGUGGCAGCCAGCAUCUAUGUAAUCCCAACAGAAAUGUUUCUCUGCGCACUCUGGACCCUCGGAGAAAAUUUCUUCGAGGCCCUGGCGAGCGCGCGCCAAACCCUCGUCGAUGCAAACUUCAUUGACACGCCUAGCUCCGUGCAAGUGAGCCGCAUUGCGGCGGUUAAGCAGGUUCAGACGGUGGGAACCGCUGGGCCGAGAUCUAGAGCGAUGCUGUUGGAUGAGGCGUGA